AUUUUAUUUUAUACAUAAUAGUAUUCUACAUUUUAGUAUUAGUGUGUUUUGUGGAAUUAAAAUAAAAAAAAAAAAAAGAAGAUAUUUAUAAUAGAAAUAAUAAAUAAUAAUAAUUAAUUAAAUUAAAAAGAAAAAAAUGGAAGAAGAUCAUGAACAAACAUUAUUAAUUAAAAAAGAAUGUUUUAUUUAUAGAAUUCCACCAAGACCAAGUGCACAAGGUUAUAAAGCACAAGAUUGGGAUCCAUCAACAUAUAUUUGGUCAGGUAGAUUGGUUAUUGUUGCAAGAGGGGAUUUAUGUGUAAUUAGAUUCGAAGAUCCAAACAGUGGUGAAAUUUUCGCACAAUGUCCAGUCGACAGCACUGCAGUAGAACCAGUCGUUGAUAGUAGCCGUUACUUUGUCAUUAAAAUUAAAGAUGGAGAGCGUCAUGCUUUUGUUGGUAUGGGUUUCACUGAUAGAUCCGAUGCUUUCGAUUUUAGUGCAACUUUACAAGAUCAUCAAAACUAUGUUAAAAAUAAAAAAGAUAUUGAGGUUCAAAAAAAGAAAUAUGAAAACGAACCAAAGAAAGAUUAUAGUUUAAAAACUGGUCAAACCAUUCAUAUUCCAUUUAAAGCACCAGUAAAGAAUGCUCCACAACAACAACAAAAUAAAAUAGCAGUUGUAACAGGAGCUGGUGGCGGUUUCCUUUUAUCCCCACCACCACCAGCAGGUUCAAAAGGUGUUAGACCAAUUGUUCAACAAUCAGGAUCUCAACAAAAUGAUUUCUUUUCAUCACCACAACAACAACAACCACAACAACAACAACAAAGUAAUAAUUUUUUCAAUCAACCACAACAACAACAACAACAACCACAACACUCACAAAACAAUAAUAUUGAUCCAUUUGGAAACUUUGGAAACUCAAAUGAUUUCUUUUCAUCACCACAACAAAACAAUAACAAUUUUAAUAAUAAUAAUAGUAAUAAUAAUUUUUUUAACCCACAACCACAACAAAAUAACAGUAACAACAAUAAUGACUUUUGGUUCAAUUAAUUUUAUUUAAUCAUUGUAGUUUAAUUAAUUUAAUUUAGUUUAAUUUAAUUAAUUUAAUUUUC